UUUAGUUUUGACAUCAGUCAUCUAGUUUAUGACCAUUUAGUAAAUCAUGAUUUAGAUUAGAUUUGAUAUUGGUCAUCCAGUUUAUGACCAUUUAGUUUCAUAAACUAGACAACCGAUGUCAAACUAAACGGUAGCACAAACUGGGAGGUUUUUGAUGAAUCUUGAUGGUAUUUAAUACUUUCUGCAUGGCAAUCUAUUAACUGAAUAUGUGUAUUAGAUUAUAGAUGUCAAGAAAAAAAGGGUUGAGUGCAGAAGAAAAGAGGACAAAGAUGAUGGAAUUCUUCUAUGAAAAAAAAGAGUUUUAUCAGUUAAAAGAAUUAGAGAAGUUAUGCCAGAAAGAAAAGGGAAUCACUUCAAUGUCUGUUAAAGAAAUCCUCAUGAGUUUAGUUUAUGAUGGAAUGGUGGAUACUGAUAAGAUUGGAACUUCUGUUUAUUUCUGGGCAUUUCCCAGUAAAGCCAGUCAAAAUAGAAAAAGGAAAAUAGAUGAUUUGAAGAAACAGCUGAAUGAUUUAGAGAAUAAAGAGUUCAAUUUAACAGAAAUGGUAGCUAAAUCAAAAAUUGGUAAAGAAGACACCACAGAAAGACAAGAUAUUUUAUCUCAGUUAGCCAAUAAACAAGAAGAGAAGGUUAAGGUGUUAGCUACUUUAGAAAAAUACAGAGAAUGUGAUCCUGAAGUUCUUGAACAGGUUAAAAAGGAAACAGUUGUUGCUAAGGAAGCUGCAAACAGAUGGACAGAUAAUAUUUUCUCUACCAAAUCAUGGAUCAAGAACAAGUUUUCAUUUGAUGACAAUGUGAUUGACAAACAGUUUUCUAUACCAAAUGAUUUUGAUUAUAUUGAGUGAAAAAAGGUGAUACAAAGGAAAUGAAAAUACUUUUCUGUAAAAGUCAACGUUUAGGAUAGAAAUUGUUGUGAAUGAUAAUUUAUUUAUAUAUGUACAUAUACAUGAUAUAUUUUCAUAUUAUUGAAAAAUUGUUAAAAGAAAGUUACAUAUUGUUAAUUUAUUGUAUUUUUAUAUAUGCCAUCAUGGAAAUAUUGUCAUAUAUUGUUGUUUCCCCCGUCUGUCUGUAAUCCACAAUUUCUUAUGAAAACUCUACACUACAGACUACAUUUAGCAUGCGAUCUUUAUAAAAUUUAUGUACGUUGUUAACAUUAGUGAGGGGAGAAAGCCUAUUGAAUUCCAGCAAUUUUCAGUAAUUUGCUAAUUACUUGUGAAUGAUACAAUGACAAAGGUUAUCAUACAAAAUUUAGGCAAAUUUAAAUGCAUUAUUUGCACUGGUGAAUCAAAGAUGCAUUUUGAAUUUCAACAAUUUCCAUUGUUUACUACUCGAUUUAUGAAUUUUCUCCACUAGCUCUGUAGUGUUUUGAAAACAAUACCAACAUUCAGUUUAAUUUGCUCUUCUUCGCCAUGUUUACAAACAGUAUCUAAUAG